AUGACCGACUCGGAAGCCCGAAUAUACCAUGGCAUCCCGAACAUUCCAGGGAGCAAAAGCGCGUCCGACGAAUCGAUGAAGAAGCGCCAGAACUCGGAGAAGCAGAGACAACAACGACCAGAAACCGAUGGACAAUCCCAAGCCACCGAGGGAGAUCGCGUUGCUGAUCGAGAUACCGAUGGUCCUCAAACGAGACCACCGCAGGACAAAAUUGUGAGCGACAAGGAAACGCCAGCACAUAAUAGCGAAAUGGUCAGCGAUAUGCUGCACCAAAAUAAUUCUCAUGAUGAUGGUGGAUGCUAG